CUGAACAACAAUAACAAUAUACUUAGGUAUAUGACCGAUACAUAAAUGAAAGCACUAGUAUGGUUUCAAACUUACUAGCAUCAAGGUGUUUGUAAAAUUUACAUUUUUUUAUUUAUUUUGUGCAGGAAAAAAAUACUAUAAAUAAUGAUGAUCCUGUUAUGUAUGGCGAUAUUAUUCACCUUUACUGAAGCAGGUGUAAUAGAUAAAGUAAUAAACUGCAUUGUUAUUGGCAAUGUCAAUUACGAAAGAGAAAUUUUGUUAAACAAUGUCGAAAGUCCAUAUCAGUUGGUAAUCGACCAUGACACCAACACUCUCUUCUUUAGCUACACCGCACGAAGUGAUGAAGUGUUCAAAUCAGCUUUCAUCAAUUUAAAAACGAAUGAAUUCAGCGUCAUCCCCGGCAUCCAUGGAGGUUUUGCGAAUGCUGUCAAUUAUCAUGCUCACGUUGUUUAUCUAGGCGGACAAGAUGGUAUCUACCAAUUCGAUUAUAAUGCGAAAAAUGCUACUAAACUAAAAAUUACGCAAGAUAACAUCUGGCAAAUGUUUUACAAGAACGGACUAUAUUUUACGACUUAUCCUGAAGAGAAAGCGUAUGUGUAUAAAGGUGAUGAAUUAGAAGAAGUGGCAGAAGUAAAAGAUCACAGAGUAAUGGUCAUUGGAGUUGAUAAUGAUGGCAACCUCGUGUACACAAAUUCUUCUGGAAUUUUCUUUACUGAUAAAGAAACAAAACAAACUACUGCUCUUAGCUUUCACGUGGCUAACGCUAUUACAAACGAUUUGGUUGGUAAUUUGUAUAUUUCAACCGCAAAUGGAAUUUAUUCCGUAAAUGCUACAAGUAAAAGUCUUCAUGAGCUAGUUAAAAUAGAUAAUAUCUAUGGAGUUGCUAUGGAAAACAAUGAAAACAUUAUAUACUCGUCUGAAAAUAGUAUAAUUAGACUGAAACCUUCGAAUAAAAUGUGUAUCGACGAAAAACUUUAUGGUAAAAAUGUAGUCGACAUGAAAUAGAUUGCAUGCAUGGGAGUAGAUAUAAUAUUUCUUUAUUGUUCCAUAUUAAAAUACAUUAUUGUUAUAUUCGUAUUUUAACUAAGCAUAUGAAUGUAGAAAUUCUGGUUAUUAAAAUACACUGUUACACUAAUUGUUA